GGGUGUUAAAGUGAGAGAAGUGUAUUCAGAGACUUAUAGACAGGCACAGAGAUAAAUGGGAAAGCAGAUGGUGGCAUAAACUUUACUUUUCAAGACCUGAGGACGGCACAAAAAAAAACGACUUUAUUCCGAACUACUGAAUACCUGAUCUCCAGAAUUCCUGCACCUCCUGCUCUUGUUUGGAUUGAAUCAUGGAGGGAGGUGGUGAAGCAGCCAUGAGCACCUUCAUCAUGGAUGAAGAGACUCUCAAGAGAAAACAGAGAGAAAAACUGAAAAAACUGCAGGCCACGGGAGGAAACCCGCGUCCUGCGCGAUCCCUCCUCUUCCUCACGCUGAAGAACCCUUUCCGCAAGGCUUGUAUCAACAUUGUAGAGUGGAAACCGUUUGAAAUCAUCAUCCUCCUCACCAUCUUUGCAAACUGUGUAGCUUUGGCUGUUUUCCUCCCAAUGCCUGAAGAAGAUACAAACAGCACCAACAGUAACCUGGAGAGUCUUGAGUAUAUUUUUCUCAUCAUAUUCACUAUGGAAUGUUUCCUGAAGAUCGUGGCGUAUGGAUUUCUUUUUCACGCCGAUGCCUAUUUACGAAACUGCUGGAAUAUAUUAGAUUUUGUCAUUGUGACAAUGGGGUUGUUCACCAUCGUGGUGGACUUCAUCAAUAACAUCAGCGGUGUGGAGGCUCCAGUGGAACAGAAAGGAGGGUUCAAUAUGAAGGCCUUGAGAGCAUUCAGAGUCCUGCGGCCCCUGCGUCUCGUCUCCGGGGUCCCUAGUCUGCAGGUGGUCAUGAGCUCCAUUCUCAAGUCCAUGCUGCCUCUGUUCCACAUCGCCCUGCUGGUUUUCUUCAUGGUCAUAAUUUAUGCCAUUAUUGGCCUGGAGCUUUUCAAAUGCAAAAUGCAUAAGACAUGUUACUACACUGGAACAGAUAUUAUUGCAACAGUGGAGAAUGAGGAGCCAUCUCCAUGCGCUCUGACUGGUAGCGGUCGACGAUGCACUCUGAACGGGACAGAGUGUCGCAAGGGUUGGCCUGGGCCAAAUAACGGCAUCACUCACUUUGAUAAUUUGGGUUUCUCCAUGCUCACCGUAUACCAAUGCAUCACCACGCAGGGUUGGACAGAUGUUCUGUACUGGGUGAACGAUGCAAUCGGAAUGGAGUGGCCCUGGUUGUAUUUCGUCACCCUGAUUCUGUUGGGCUCAUUCUUCAUCCUCAAUCUGGUUCUGGGAGUUUUAUGUGGUGAAUUCACUAAGGAGAGAGAGAAGAGUUCCCGCAGUGGAGAAUAUCAGCAGUUGAGGGAAAGACAACAGUUAGAUGAGGAUCUGAAAGGAUACAUGGAGUGGAUCACACAGGCUGAGGUCAUGGACAACGACCUUGAAGGCCAUGGUCUUCUUCCGCUGCAGAAGGAUGGAUCUGAAACAGAAAGUCUCUAUGAUUUGGAUGCACUAAACAAACUCAUGUUUUAUGUUCGUCACGCACGUCGCUGGAACCGUUUUUUUAGGAGGAAGUGUCGGGUUUGGGUGAAGUCCAGGCUCUUUUAUUGGCUGGUGAUAUUGCUGGUGUCUUUCAACACCCUGGCCAUCGCAACCGAGCACCAUCAGCAGUCCCAGGCCCUCACUAACUUCCAAGACAACACAAAUAAGGUGCUGCUGUCUUUGUUCGCGGUGGAGAUGUUUCUGAAGAUGUAUGCAAUGGGGUUGCCGUCUUACUUCAUAUCUCUUUUCAAUCGAUUUGACUGCUUUGUGGUGUCUGUGGGGGUCCUGGAGCUCAUUCUCGUACGUAUGGAUGUCAUGUCUGUCAUGGGGAUCUCUGUACUGCGAUGCAUUCGGUUGCUGCGUCUCAUCAAAAUCACCAGGUAUUGGACAGCCCUCAGUAAUCUUGUGGCGUCGCUCUUAAACUCGGUGCGCUCCGUCGCCUCCUUGCUGCUGCUCCUCUUCCUAUUCAUAGUCAUCUUCGCUCUGCUCGGCAUGCAGGUGUUUGGCGGAAAGUUUAAUUUUCCUGAUGGCGGUGUGCGCCGUAGCAACUUUGACAAUUUUCCUCAGGCGCUCAUCACCGUUUUCCAGGUCAUGACAGGUGAAGACUGGAACUCUGUCAUGUAUGAUGGAAUCAUGGCUCAUGGAGGUCCAUCAAUGCCUGGAAUCCUAGUCAGCAUUUACUUCAUUAUUCUGUUCAUCUGUGGAAACUUCAUCCUCCUGAACGUCUUCUUGGCUGUUGCGGUUGAUAACCUGGCAGAGGCUGAGAGCUUAACCUCUGCCCAGAAAGAGAAGGCAGAAGAGAAGAUACGCAAAAAGCUUCUCAGAGAAAAUCUUCCUGAUAAGGGUGAAGAGGAGAAGACUUUGCUGGCAAAGAAACUUGCCGAGCAGAGAGCCAAGAUCGAAGGAAUUCCCACUACAGCUAAGCUCAAAGUGGAUGAAUUCGAAUCAAAUGUGAACGAGAUUAAAGAUCCAUUUCCACCGGCUGAUUUUCCAGGUGAUGAUGAAGAGGAAGAGCCAGAGAUUCCCAGCAGUCCUCGGCCUCGUCCAAUGGCAGAUCUGCAGUUGAAAGAAACAGUGGUGCCCAUGCCGGAGGCCAGUUCCUUCUUUAUCUUUGGCCCGCAGAAUAAAUUCCGCAAACUCUGCCAUCGCAUCAUCAAUGCCACCACCUUCACCAACAUCAUCCUCCUCUUCAUCCUGCUUAGCAGCAUCUCAUUGGCUGCAGAGGACCCCAUCGACCCGGUUUCCUUCAGGAACAAGGUCCUGGCCUAUGCUGAUAUUGUCUUUACCUCAGUUUUCACAGCAGAGAUCGUGUUGAAGAUGACCACAUACGGCGCAUUCUUACACACCGGCUCUUUCUGCCGUAACUCGUUCAACAUACUAGACUUGAUCGUGGUUGGCGUUUCCCUACUGUCCAUGGGAAUGGAGUCAAGUGCCAUCUCAGUGGUUAAGAUCCUCAGGGUCUUGAGAGUGUUGAGACCUUUAAGAGCCAUAAACAGAGCCAAAGGUCUGAAGCAUGUGGUCCAGUGUAUGUUCGUAGCCAUCAAGACCAUCGGCAACAUCGUUUUAGUCACAAUGCUCCUGGAUUUCAUGUUUGCCUGCAUCGGGGUUCAGCUUUUCAAGGGGAAAUUUUUUUAUUGCACAGACCCACUUAAAAUGACGGAGGUGGAAUGCAGGGGAACGUUUAUAAAACACCAGGAGAACACUCUUCAUGACAUGGUGCUUAGUCAGCGCGAGUGGAUGAAUAGCGACUUAAACUUUGAUAACAUUCUGAACGCCAUGCUGGCUCUCUUCACGGCGUCAACAUUUGAAGGCUGGCCAAAGUUGUUGUAUAAAGCCAUCGACUCAAAUCUGGAGGACAGAGGCCCAAUUUAUAACAACCGCAUUGGGAUUUUCAUCUUCUUCAUUGUCUACCUCAUCCUCAUCGCCUUCUUUAUGAUGAACAUCUUCGUGGGCUUUGUUAUUGUCACCUUUCAGGAACAGGGAGAGCAGGAGUACAAAAACUGUGAGCUGGAUAAAAACCAGCGCCAAUGUGUUCAGUAUGCCCUGAAGGCCCGACCAUUGAGGUGUUACAUCCCUAAGAACCCGUAUCAGUACCAGGUGUGGUACAUCGUCACUUCCUGUUACUUUGAGUACCUGAUGUUUCUCCUCAUCAUGCUCAACACCAUGUGUCUGGGGAUGCAGCACUGUAAACAGUCAGAUCACAUUGAUUACCUGGCCAAUAUGCUGAACAUUAUCUUCACUGUCCUAUUUACAGUGGAGAUGAUCCUCAAACUUGGUGCCUUUAAAGCCAAGGGUUACUUCGGCGAUGCCUGGAACGUCUUUGAUUUCAUAAUAGUGGUUGGCAGCAUUGUUGACGUCAUACUAAGUGAAAUUGGUACAGCUCUUGAGAAACAGGGUGGAUUGUACUGUCUCACUGGAUGUCCUGCUGUGAACGGAACAGUGACACCAGACGAUUUGAACUCGGUGGCAACAGACGAGAAUAUAAGCGUGUCUAUCACAUUAUUCCGACUCUUCCGUGUCAUGCGUCUGGUCAAACUGCUGAAUCGUUUCGAGGGGAUUCGGAAUUUGCUGUGGACCUUCAUCAAGUCAUUCCAGGCUUUGCCGUAUGUGGCGCUUCUCAUUGUCAUGCUGUUCUUCAUCUACGCUGUCAUCGGCAUGCAGGUGUUCGGAAAGAUCGCAUUAAUAGACGGAUCUGUGAUUAACCGCAACAACAACUUUCAGACGUUUCCUCAGGCUGUGCUGCUGUUGUUCAGGUCUGCCACAGGUGAAGCAUGGCAAGAAAUUAUGUUGGGCUGUUUGUACGGUCAGCGCUGUGACCCAAAAUCAGAUUACCUGCCCGGAGAGGAGUACACCUGCGGCUCUGGAUUUGCCAUUUUGUACUUCAUGAGUUUUUACAUGCUGUGUGCUUUCCUGAUCAUUAACCUGUUUGUGGCUGUGAUCAUGGACAACUUUGAUUAUCUGACCCGUGAUUGGUCUAUUCUGGGACCGCAUCAUUUGGAUGAGUUUAAGAAGAUCUGGGCUGAAUACGACCCGGAGGCCACGGGGCGCAUUAAACACCUGGAUGUUGUGACUUUGCUGAGAAGAAUCCAGCCGCCUCUUGGGUUCGGAAAGUUCUGUCCUCACCGUGUUGCCUGCAAGAGAUUAAUUUCUAUGAACAUGCCACUAAACAGUGACGGAACAGUGACGUUUAAUGCCACGCUGUUCUCUUUGGUCCGAACGGCACUGAAAAUUAAAACCGAAGGUAAUUUUGAAAAGGCCAAUGAGGAGCUUCGGGCGAUUAUUAAGAAGAUCUGGAAACGCACCAGUAUGAAACUGCUGGACCAGGUCAUUCCACCAAUCGGAGAUGAUGAGGUCACGGUGGGAAAGUUUUACGCCACGUUCCUGAUCCAGGAUCACUUUAGGAAGUUCAUGAAGCGUCAGGAGGAAUAUUACGGAUACCGGCCAAACAAGAAGAACAAGAACACCACAGAGAUACAGGCGGGUCUGAGGAGCAUCGAGGAUGAAGCCGCCCCAGAGCUGCAUCGGGCGAUCUCUGGAGAUCUUCUCAAUGAGGAUGAGAUGGACGGGGCCAUGGAUGAAGCUGCAGAAGAGGGGAUCUACAGGAGAGCAGGUGGACUGUUUGGCAAUCAUGUGGAUCCAUUCAGGAGAGGAACCCCUAUGCCAACCCAGGUGACCAGCCAGCGCCCCCUACAGAUCGCAGACAGUAGACCAGAGGAGACUGAACCCGGCUCACCUUCAUAUCUAAAUUAUCAUGCCAACUUUAAUAACAACAACACAAACAACACCAGGAGCAUACAGAGGUACAUACAACAUGACAUAAGUUUUGGUCAUAUUAUGAUAGUCAUAAUAAAGCUCUCUCUCUCUCGAUCUGGUAGAUAUGAACUACACUUCCCAUCAGGCAUCAGGGCAUCCAGCCAUUACGGUCCUGUCAGUGCAGCUGACUUUCUUAUACAAGAGACUCUGUUUUCUGGGGGUUUGGAGAGUCUUGCAUGCGACUCCUACUUUGUAUCCGUAACAAAGGCAGAGAUGGCGGAAUCACUGCGCAUGGAUGUCGACGUGUUGGAGAGGAUCUCGGCAGCCAUUCUUAACAAACGUCAAGGACAUUCAGAGAUGUUUAAAGACACAGUAACCUGUCAGUUAGACGUUACGCACUGCCAAGUGUAAUGCUCAUCUGAGGACACUGGAUGAACCAUAGAGACUUUAUUGGAUCAUCAGGACUCGUAAUACAGUUGUGAGAACUGCCAAAGUGUUUUGACUUGUCACAGACAAGUUGACAGAUAGUAGUUUUUUCAAUAUUUAAUGACAAAUGUACACAAAAGUACUUUCCACUGUCAAAAUACACGAUUUUUGACAGAAGUUGGGCCAGUUUCGGCCAGGCUAUUAUGUUAGCGUAUCACUACUUCUGAUGUCGAAAAACAUGCUGUUUCCGAAAUAGCCCCUUACACACUUAUGUAGGGCACUAUUUGAGGGGGUGGCCAUUUGUAGUAGUGUCCUUGAUCACAGUGGACAUUGUCAAGUGCACUCCUUUAAUCCCACAAUCCAUAGCAAUAAUGAGUGUGCAGCUACUGCGAAGCUAGCCACUACUUAUCCACUUUGAGGCCUGCGCUGAAUUAAUUCAACAGACGAUGUUCACAGUGCUAUUCACUUAAUUCAUUCAAGUUUUAAAUGAAUCUUUAAUUGCAUUAUAUAAGCACCUAUCGUCUGAUUCACGAUUUCCUUUGGUGUGUAAGUGUCUAUAGUACAUGUUAACGAUAUCCAAAAGGUACAAACCCCAAAGUACAUGAUGACGCAAGUUUUCGUUUCCAACGUAAAUCUCUUUUCUUGGACUACAACAAACACACAGAUUGUAGGAAACAGUUUACUUCCUGGGCUUGUUGACGUAGACAAGAAUGACAUUAUCAUAAUUCCUCCCGCUUCAGACUCACAGCUUGUAAGUGAACUCCUGUUGGCAUUGCAUUGUGAACCAAUCUUUCAAACAUGGUAGGGAGCUUUAAAUUCCCGGCUGACAUCAGAAGUAUUUAGGCCAAUCACAACGUACAGAUUAGUUGGCCAAUCAGGAACACAGAACUUUUCAGAUCAAUGAGAAGACAGGGAUAUCUGGAGCUACAAAAAUGUACGAUAUGUGGAAAAUAAUGUGUUUAUAACCAUAAACCAUGCGAACACAUUGUAUUAUACCAAAUACACAAAAUAACCUUUUUUAGCAAUGAAAUAGGUGCUCUUUAAGAUACCUAAACAAGACAAAAAUACUAAUUAUGAAAGUAAUUUUUGCAGCAUAUAGGAUUCUUCUGGGGUGACAUUGUUGUUUUGCAUUAAAUCAAAUGUACUCACACAGAACAACAAUUAUAGCAAAUAAUAAAUAAAAUAUU